UUUCAGCCUAAGGCCUGAUCCUGCUUGCUGUCACACUGUUCUCGUUCAGUCACACUGAUAUUGUUCAAUCACGCGGCGUCGCCAGCGUCAACAUUCACCGAGUUUGUCUUCAGAAAGCGGAAUUGAUUAUUACAGACGUGUGUUUUUAGGAAGAAGCACAACAGCAGGAUGGUGAAUGAGGGUGCUGGCGGCCCACGCAGUCGCAGGGGGUCUCAUAAGGUGGUUCCGUCCUCAGACCAGGAUGGCACAGGAGCCGAAAGAGCCACAGGAGAGGUGCCCUGCCCCAGUAAUGGAACAGUGGAAGUGGAGCACAUUAUCAGCACAAAACUACAGCUGAAGAAGAAAGCUGAGCAUUUAAAGGCAGACCUGAUGAGGCAGUUGGACACCCAAGUCAAUGAAUUCAUGGACAGUCUGAUAGAGGAAUCUGCUAGUCUGGUUUCCUCCCAUGUGAGCACAGUCUUUCCUCUCUCAGAUAAGGAGAAAAGCAAACUCAGGCAUACGCGACCUCCCCAAGGCCAAAGCAAGCAGUUCGUGAUCCGUCGAUCCCUGUUAGAUGAUCUCUUCGAGGUGAACCACAUUCGCACCAUCUAUCACAUGUUCAUCGCCCUCCUCAUUCUCUUCAUCUUCAGUACACUCGUCGUGGACUUCAUCGAUGAGGGCAGACUGGUGCUUGAGUUUGAUCUGUUGGUGUACGCGUUUGGCCAGUUCCCCCUAGUGGUUGUUACGUGGAUGUGUAUGUUCCUGUCCACCCUUGUGGUUCCAUAUAUACUGCUCAGUGUCUGGGCCAGUGUUUACCCCACGUCAAACCAUCGGGCCUUAUGGACAGUGCUGGCUGGUUCUCUCUUGCUUCUGUACCAGGGGCUGUGUUUGGGUUUCCUACCCACAUAUGUGGUGCUGAAGAACGGCCUUCCCCCUGCUUCAUGCUUCAUACUUAUUCUGGAACAGGUGCGACUGAUAAUGAAGGCUCACUCUUUCAUCAGGGAAAAUGUGCCAAGAGUGCAAUACUUAGAACGAAGCAAAACAAAUUCAUUAGCUGUACCUCAGUUCACCCAGUACAUUUACUUUCUCUUUGCACCUACCCUAAUAUACAGAGACAAUUAUCCACGAAAUCCAUGUAUUCGAUGGGGUUAUGUGGCUACCAUGGUGUUGUGUGUCUUCAACUCUAUACUGCCAGGAGUGCUGGUGCUAUUCUUGGCGUUCUUUGCCUUUCUGCAUUGCUGGCUUAAUGCAUUUGCUGAAAUGCUACGAUUUGGAGACAGAAUGUUUUAUAAGGACUGGUGGAACUCCACUUCAUUUGCUAACUAUUACCGCACAUGGAAUGUUGUAGUACAUGAUUGGCUUUAUUACUAUGUCUACAGGGACUUCCUGUGGAUGACACAGAAGCGAUUCCGUGCAGCGGCCAUGUUGGUUGUUUUUACGGUGUCUGCUGUGGUGCACGAGUAUGUUCUGGCCAUCUGCUUUGGCUUCUUCUACCCUGUCUUGUUCUGCAUCUUCAUGUGCUUUGGAAUGGUGUUUAACUUCAUUCUUAAUGACCGGAGAAAAGGGCCGAUCUGGAACGUGAUCAUGUGGACUGCGCUGUUCUUGGGUCAGGGGGUUCUCAUCUGCCUGUACUCUCAGGAGUGGUAUGCACAGCGCUUCUGCCCCAUUCAAGAGCCUUCUUUCAUAGACUUGCUAAAGCCUCGAUCCUGGACUUGUUCUCCAUAGACUAACACUGCUGUAGAUGCUCACUAAAGCCACACCACCAGCCACAAGAUGAAUGGGAUUUAUACUCUACUCGUUCUGGAACUUUUUUAGCAUUCUGUAGGUAUUGCACUCUGACCAAAUAAAAUGAAAAGUGACAAUCUUACUCUAUAAUCAUGAGGACACCGUUUUAUAAAGAGGCCUUAGAUAUUUGAUUUGUUUAGAUCUUAAUAUUUAUGAAAACAUCUGUAAUAGAAUGUAGAAUGUCUAUAAUGUGCAUUAUGAAUAUUUUGGUAUUUCCUUUGAAAUGUCUAUGUGACAGUCUAGUUAGCAUUAGGUUAUGUCUGAUCUGGAGAUUCUAUUUUUUAGAAGCCUCUGUGAUGUCCUAAAGUUGAGAUCAAUGUGUUUUGUUUACUGCCACUUUUUAGAUAUCCUUAGAUAUUGUGUUUUUGAUAUUGUAGUGUUAUUCCAGUACUGCAGAGGCCAUGGAUAUGGGGUACAUUUUAACCAGUUUUUGCCUGGACUGCACAAAAUCGUAGAAUGUUUACAAGCGGGUUGAGAAUUCUAAAACUCCAAUGGAUUUAAAUUAUGUGCCAUACUGCUGUGAAACAGUUUUUUUUUUACUUCUUACCUUUUACUCCUAGACUUUUAAUUAAAAUGAAGAUGAUUUGGGCGGAAAUUCUCCAUUCUGCCAGUUUUAUUUACCAUAGUUACUGUUUGAAGAGUUAGACUUGUAGUCUGGACUUAAGAGUUCUGGAAAUUUUUACUUAAUUUUUUUCCCCCUUCCAUAGAGCUAAACUAAUUAGAUAUUAAUUUAAAAGCCAUGCUUUAGGACAUAUUUAUUACAAAAUAGGGUAUCAAAUGUAAUCAAAAUUACUAAUGGUUUUCAAGCACAAUCCCUUUAUUAGUUACAAAUUAUGUACACUGCCACAGUAUGCAGGGUAUUUAUUGUAAAAAAAACUAUCAUAAAGUCUAGGCCUUUUUGAAUGUCAUUUAUCAGUGCACAAAAGAGUUUUGAGUGAAUACUCUCCAGUUCCACAAAAUGUAUGAGACUGUCUGUAUAAUAUUUUAAAAACAUACUUGCAAUAGCUGUGACGACCGGCAGAUGGUGAUGGAGAGUUGAAUGUUAGAACUACUGUAUAUUUGCACACAGCAUUUUAUUUCUUUAUGGCACCUGCCAUGUAAAUGCUCAGUUGUAAUUUCCAGAAUAGUCGAUGACUGUAAUUUUCAACACAAAAAAAGUG